UCGGGUUAGCACGAGGUGCAGUCGCAUUUCAUACUCAGCCAGAGCAGCAGUCAAUCCAAUAAACGGUCAGUUACUGUAUUAAACACGUUUUGCAAGUGAAAUUGCUGUGACCUACGCAGGUACUUUGAGUAGAAAAUACUCACAUCAACGUGUCAGUCAUGGCGGAGAAAUCGAACGGUUAUCAUUCCCCCAAUUUGAUCACUACCAUCGUCAACAAGUAUCCGACCUUCCGUGAUGAGCCCUUAAAGUCACCCUACCGUUGGCUGGAAGGCAGGACACAUGAUGACGGCGCCGAGGGGCUUUGGAGAAUCCAUGAUACGCUGUACGAUUUGACCGAUUUUGCUGAACGACAUCCCGGUGGACCAGAUUGGAUUAAACUAACAAAGGGAACUGAUAUUACGGAAUUAUUUGAAACGCAUCACAUUACAACGAAAGCAGAAAAUUUGCUUCCCAAGUUCAAAGUUCGGGAAGCCAAAGAACCACGGAAUGUACGGAUUACCUUCAAAGACGAUGGUUUCUAUCGAACGUUGAAACGAAGGGUUCGUGAGAAACUACCAGAGCUUAACAUGGCACCAAUGCAGACAUCCAAUUUAAUCACAGAUUCCCUUUUGGCAUCGGCAAUUAUGUUUGCCUUUUUGGCCAUUAAAUUCCACAGCUACCUUUUAGCGACGGCAUGUGCCGUUUGUGUCACAUGGACGAUGAUUUGUGCUCACAAUUAUUUUCAUAGAAAAGAUAACUGGAGAAUGCGUUUGUGGAAUUUAACGUUCUCCAGCUAUAGGGAAUGGCGGAUAUCACAUGCAAUGUCUCACCAUCACUACGCAAAUUCGAUUAUUGAUCUGGAAAUAUCUUAUUUCGAACCAUUCAUGUACUGGCUACCGGAUCCAAGCAGGAAAGGUUUGGUACAGCGAUUCGGUGCAUGGAUUUAUGGACCGAUAGUUUAUUCUAUGAUGUUUUCAGCGGAGUUCGUCAAAAGAGGUGUGGAGACUAUUAAAACGGGUAAAAGUAGCUUUUAUGCGGAUGAUCUCAUAGGAUUUGCUUUGCCCAUCUUGAUGUUUUUGGUCGAUUCAAGUAGCAUUGUCAACGUACUAAAAUUGUGGAUUUAUAUUCUACUGUUAACGAGUUUCCUAUUCGGCUUGAUAGGAUUGAAUGCUGCUCACCAUCUUCCGGAAACUUUCCACAGUGGCGAUAAAAUAUCGGAUGACAUCGACUUCGGAGCGUACCAAAUCGCAACGAUAAUCGAUCGUGCCGAUGUGAAAGGAUCACAUUUUGCCGUACUUACCAGCUUCGGUGAUCACUGUUUGCAUCACAUGUUCCCUACGAUGGACCAUGGAGUACUGCCCCAGUUGUAUCCGAUCUUCUUCCAAAUUUGCGAGGAGUUCGAAACCGUUUAUCGAGAAUGCAGCUGGCUGCAUCACAUCAUCUCGCAACAUCGCCAACUAGCGCGGAUCGAAGCGCGUACUUAUGACCCUCGGGCUAAAUUUUAAUGAAAGCAUUGGGUAUUCUUCGACAGAAUAACCUAAAUGGCGAAGAAAAAAAUAGGCUUGAGCGAAGUAUAAAGUGCUUGGUAUAAAUGUACAAUCGCAAACUAUUUUCUAUGUUUAAUUAGAAACACUACCAAACUGGGAUAAAUGAAAUUAUAUGUCGUAAUAGUAGCACUAACAGGGUUAGUACAACAGGGUUUUAUUUAACAAUGUUAUUUAUGUGUCAUUUAAUAUACCUAAACUAUGUGAUAUUUUGAUAUUUCAUAUACAGGGAAUGCCUAAAUGAAUUAUAUUAUAGUAUAAGAUAUGUCUUGUAUAACAUUGACAAUUCAUAGAGACUACGUAUUCCUAGUCUUCAACGGCAAUAAAUAAUAAACAAUCACAGUGAGAUCUAUUUAGGAGCAUUCCGUCUAAAAUUAUCGCCGAAAUAUUCGUCAUUUUUUUUAGUAUGGCCAACAUAUUCUCUUACAGAUACGAUUAGAUAGCUUGGGUCGACCAUUUUACCUAAGACUGUGUGAAGUUUUGA